AUGAGUGAAAUCAAUGACACGUUAUUAAAUGGGCUAUUAGUGAAAUCACACAAUGAACUUGAUGGAUUGUCGCUUAUUGACAUAAGGAAAAAAAUUGAUAAAAUUAUCUUGGAAAUAUGUAUCAUUUUCAACAAAUCGGAAAAAAAAGAAUUACAAACUAAAAAUUACAAGAGCAAACUCAUUAGACUGAACACUGAAAUACAAAAACAAAGUAAACAGCACGUUACUGAUAUUAUGCCACUCUAAUGUACACCUAACCUAACACUUAAAUUAAUAUUUUCAAAGCCUCGUUAAAUGUAAAGUUAACGACUUUAAUGAAGAAUGAUAACACUAAAGAUAAACAAACGUGUGUAGACAUAUUGAAUAAAAAUAUGGACACGAAAAUAAGAAUGAUGUCGGUGAUCAACACUCAAACUGAAGAAAUAAAACAAAUAUUGGGUGAAUACUGUUAACAUUGUAUAGUGCAAGGUGUUUCACAUAAAACAUUAUAUUUUAUGGCCCUAUGAUUACAUUAUUUAUUCAAUUGGUUUUAUUUCUGGACAUUUUACGAUAUUAUAGGAUAGGUUAGGUAUAUAUAUAUGUACUAUUCUUGUGUUUGCAUUUUUCUCGUAUUAUCAUAGGUUACAAUAAUUUUAAAAUUUAAACGGUUAUAGUUUUUUUUUUUUUUUUUUUAUAGAUUAUAAACUUUAAUCUGUAGUAAGUAUCGCGCAAAACAAUUAAUAAUUGUUUUAAUUAAAAUAGCUGAAACAGAAGACAAAAAGGAUUUCAUUGACCGACAAAUGAGAAUUACCAACGGAGAUUCUAUCUUCCCAAAAACUACUUUGAUGUUAAAAGUAUUUUUGAAAGAGAAAUUUUAAAAAUAUAGUAAUCAUAACAUUCAAUAAUUUGCAGAGAAUGGAAAAAGACAAGGAAGCUGAAUAUUACAAAUCGUUGUGCAAACAAUUUUUGAUAAACGGUAUUUUGACCUAUAAUAGUAAUAUUUCUCCAGUUAAAGAAUUGUACAAGAAAACAAAAUUAUCAAAAAAGAAAUUUUAUUAUUCCGUGAAAGUACGUAUACAAAUAUCUAUAAUAUUUUAUUUCAUUUAUAUUUUAGAUUCUGAGUGGAGUGAGUGGAAUGAAUUGGUUUUAGAAUGAUGUUUAUUUUUUAUAAUUGUUUUUAUGUGAACACUUUUUCUAGUAAAAAGCUUAUUCCGAUUAUCAAGUAAUAGCACUUUUUCUGAAAGGAAAUGUUCUCUGGGUGGUACUUAAAAGAGGUCAUUUUUUUGAAAUACUCAUUAAUAUUCUAGAUAAUGAGAAAAACCUCGGUCUUUAGAUUAAAAAAGAUUAAAAGAUUAAAAAUAAGGUUGUCAUCGGCAACCGUGUUUUUAUUUAUUUUUUGUUUUUAUUACGUUUAUACUAUUUAAAUCUUUAUUAAACAAUUAUUUUUGUCAUUGAAACGCACAUUGUUGCAAUAUAAUAUGACAUUAAAAAUUUUUGACAAAGCAACACUAUCAACUGAACUCCGAUCAGAAUCGUUUUUUCAUUAGCAAUAGUUUAUCGUUGUUUACAGAUUUACAUUAAAUUCCCGUCUAUAUCUUACCUUUCCAACUUCCCACCUACAAUAGUGGCUGCACCCACGUACUAAGUAUGACCGUCCUUUUUUUUAUAUUAUAUAUUUGAAUGGGCAUUAUUUUAUUUUGUUUUUUUUAUUUUUUUAAAUAUGGACUUAUAUUUAUAAUGUUUUAUGUUCUUUAGAGUUUAAAAAAUAAACUACAUGAAAUUGAUAAAUCUAAAUCAAAUAUAUUAUUACAAUUUGACGGUUAUUACGACGAGGACAAUAAAACUGAAAUAUUAAAGGUAAGUUUUUUAUGAUACGGACGGACAUCUUUAGAACAGGUAUAGUUAUUACUAGGACACGGAUGUUGUUGCUUUUGUAACUCUUUUUUUUUUACCUUCUCAAUUUAUUGCUAAGUAAGUUUUAAAUACGUUUCAUAUAAGUACGAAUUCAAAUCUAGAAGUUUCAAUUGCAAUGUUAAGCAAUUUUUACAAUUUUGUUGAAUUUACUCAUUUACGCAACUAUUUUAGCUAUAGUCCAAAAAAUCUAAUAAUGUUACCAUAUUAUUAUUUUGAUAAUUCCAAAUCGGUAGGUAUUCAAUACAAUACAAAAAUAAUUUGUGAAACGUGAUUGUUUGACUGUUAAAAUCUGUUCUUCGGUCACUCCGUGAAUUUCGAAUGAUCGUGUUCUAUUAUUGUUUUGUAGAUAUGCCGAAAAUUAAGCCAACUAUUUCCAUUUUUGUGAAAAAAUUGACCGUUUUUAGUGCAAUUUUCAGUAUUUUUUAUUGCAAUACCGCAAUCAAUUUCAAUAGUUUUUCACUAUUACAAUAUCCGUGCUCUAGUUAUUACCCUUAAAUCAUAAUAUGGUCAUAUUAUGUACAAUAAAUUGUCCUCGCUCACGAUUUGUUACGAUUAAAUAACAACGCGUAUUGUACCUAUACCUAUUUAAAUAUAAAAAUCGUUUCGUAUUUGACAGUUAAUAACGUCGACUUUCAAUUUAAUGAUUUCUAUUGGCUGUAUGCAAUGUUGGAGAUCAGAAGCUGAAAUCACCAAACGGAAAGCACAACUUUGGACAGUUUGCAAAACUUCCGGAAAACCCGUGAGUUUUCAAUCUCCGUUCAAUCGAUUCGCGACGGAAGAAAACGUUAAGAAAAACGACGGGUUUAUGUCCCUGCAAUUAAAAUAG